CUUCAACAGAGAGAGAAAGAUGCAGAUAGCAGAUGUGUGAUUUCUAUGAAUUCCAGCACAACAAGCAUACAUGAUCCUAAAAAUCCAAGUCAUGUAAAGUCCUUUACUUUUGACCUGGCAUAUUGGUCACACAGUGGAUUUUUAAAGGACAAAGAUGGCAAGCUUGUUUCAUCUGGACCGAACAGCAGAUAUGCUGGGCAGAGGGACAUUUUUCAUGACCUUGGUGAGGGAAUUCUGGACAAUGCUUGGCAAGGUUACAAUGCCACUCUUCUGGCUUAUGGUCAGACAGGCUCAGGGAAGAGCUACUCCAUGAUAGGCCAUGGUGCAAACAGAGGCAUAAUUCCAGUCAUGUGUGAAGAACUGUUUAAAACAAUUCAAAAUCAAGACACAAACAAACAAUAUCAGAUUACAUUUAGUAUGCUGGAAAUUUACAAUGAACAGGUAAUAGAUUUGCUGUCUAAAACCAAAAAGUAUGGUGGACUCAAAGUUAGAGAAGACCAGCAGCAAGGCUUCUAUGUGGAUGGUUUGAAACUGGUACCUUGUGACAGUAAUGCUCAAAUUGAGAGGCUCAUGGAGCAAGGCACCAAAAUAAGGACCACAGCUUCAACCACCAUGAAUACCACCAGCAGCAGGUCUCAUAUGGUCAUCACCAUUCAUUUUAAACAGAUUUUUCUGAAAGAUGAAAUCACAAAACAGUCCAUUAUAAAUCUAGUGGACUUGGCAGGGAGUGAAAGGCAAAGGUCCUCCGGAUCAGAAGGCGACAGACUAAAAGAAGGAACACGUGUAAAUCUGAGUUUAACCACCUUGGGAAAUGUGAUCAGUGCUCUGGCUGAAGCUGCCAUGGGAAAGAAAGUGUUGCAUGUCCCAUACAGAGAUUCAGUUCUAACCAAACUUUUGCAAUCUGCAUUGGGAGGAAACAGUAGAACGAUAAUGAUUGCAGCAAUUAGUCCAGCCGACAUAUGCUAUGAUGAGACAUUGUCAACUUUGCGGUACGCUGACAGAACGAAAAAAAUAAAAAACCAAGCUGUGAUAAAUUCAGGAACAACAGCAAAACUGAUAAAUGAUCUCAAGAUUGAAAAUUGUAAUUUGUUGUCCAGAUUGUCCAGCCUUGGGAAUUCUGGAAAAACAGUAGUAGAUGAAACAAAAGAGCUUCGUUCCCUGCUGGCGGAAAAUGAACUACGGAUUCAAGCUAUUCAAGCAACUUGGGAAUAUCGUCUGGAAGAAGCCCGGAAAGAAUGGGAACAGCAAUAUGCAGCAAUCACUCAGGAGAGACAGAUGACGGAAACUUUUCCAUAUCUUGUGAAUAUUAACGAAGACCCUCAACUGUCAGGAGUUCUGAAGUAUUUCAUUCAAGAGGGGUCUUCUGAGGUUGGCCAAUCUCCAUCAAACACAAUCAUCCUCAGAGGUUUGGGCAUUUUGGAUAAGCACGCAACAUUCACGUACACCGAUGGCAAAGUUACUAUCUCUCCUUGGGAUAAAUGUAAGGUCAUUGUGAACGGAGUACCCAUUGUGGUGAAAACUAAACUUCAGCAUCUGGACCGGCUAAUUUUGGGAUCAAACAGUGCAUACCUCUACAUUGGCCCUCCAAUCCAGCGCACCUGCGAGGAUCUGAGCAGAUAUGAUUACGAUUUCAUUCAGUCAGAGCUGGCAGCUGCCAAAGGCUUCAGUGUAGACAAACUUGGUGCUGCAAACAGGAAGGAUGGCAAGCCAGACCCCAGUGUCCUUGCUGCAUUCCAUGAUUAUAUUAAGUUGAUGCCAUUGGUUGCUGAAGCAAAUCAGAUGAGUAUAGAGUUGAAGAAGGAUCUAAAGUUAGAACUGAAAGUGAAAAAUCUAGCAUCUUCGGACUCCAGAGGUUAUGACCUACAAAAAGAAAUCAUAAUUAAAGUAGUACACAAAGUUACUAACCAGGUAUGGAUUUGGUCAAAACCCAAGUUCAUCAACAGAAAAUUUUUAAUGGAAGAGCUUUACCAGCAGUUUUUAAAUGGAGAAGAUGUACACGUUGACCAAGAGAGUGAUCCAUUUUGGGAUCCUGUGGAGGCCAUUCAUCUGGGAUCUGCUCAUAUCUGGCUCCAGUCUCUUGCUUAUUGCAUGAAGCUUGAGGAACAAAUAGAACUUCUGAAUUCUGAAGGAGUGGAGGAAGCAAUCCUAUUGAUCAACAUUAUCCCAUGUGCGCAAAAUGGGAGACCUUUGACAGAUGAUGAUAUGAUUAUUGAUCCUUUGGAAUUGCUAGGCAAAAGAAUUGAUUUCCAGAUACACAUUUUUCAAUGCCUUGGAGUUAAAUGGAUUAAAGAAGUUGCCCAAAGGGGAAUUCAAAUUGGAUAUAAAGUUUAUGAUCUCCCACACAUAUUAUACACAAAACCUGCUUGGAAAAACGCAAAUCCUAAAAUAGAAGAAUUGGUUCAAUUUUCAUCCAUGAAGGUUUCCCAAGAUUUUUUGAAUUAUCUACAGAGAAAUGCUUUAAUUGUUGACUUGUGGGGACUUCAAGAAGGAUGUGCAGAACUGUGUUCGAUUGAGGAAGGCAUGGCUGUCAUUACUGAAGGCUCAUAUAUUAUCGAUAAUCCAAAAGCAGGGAUUUUAACACGAGGUGAUCUGGAUACAGAAAGCCAUAUUGCUGAACUUUACCACAAGGUGUUAAAACUAGAAGAAGAGACUGAAUUACUUAGAGAUAUUAAUAGAGCUCUGACAGAGGAAAACAUACAUCUGAAGGCUAAACUGAAAGAAUACGAGGCAGAAACCCAUUUCAGCAAGAUCUUAAAAUCUCCUUCAAAACUGCAAGUUAAUAAGAUAAUUUCAGCAGCAUCAAGAGAUAGCCGCACAGCGUGCAGUUCUCGGGUCAGCUGUGAUGCUGAAUUUGCUAAAGCUCUCAAAUCCUUCUACCAGAAAAUGAAUGUGAUCAGAGGACAGUUCUUAAAACUACAGCACUACAGAGCCCCGGAUGAAGACAACAUUCAACUACUUCGACUUUUUACUGAGAGACAAUCACACUUGUUGAAGGAUUUUGGAGAACAACUUGAGUCAAGUAUAAGUAAACUGAAACAUGAUGUUGCCUUAAUAGUUAAGAAGAAACGAGAGGCUAGGUUACAACAAGGCAUUAAGUGAAUGUGAUUUACCAAGUAAAACAUUAGUGAGUUGUAAAUUCAGUACUUGCAUAUAUAAUUAUAUGUCAAACUGCCUUCUAAUUUCUUCACAAUUUCAACAUUAGCUUUUUGAAGAUUUUCUCCCUUUAGACCUUGUUCACAACAUAGAAAGUAGUAUACCGGAAUUUAAUAUUCAUUGCAAUAGGGAUAGUACUGUGUGUCAUCUUCAACUCUUCCCAACAGAGUAACGAGAAAAUUUGUUGUUGCUAAUUAUGAACUUUCCUUUCCAAACAAUGAGACUUACGGAGUUCUUGAUGCUCUCUGUGCUUGGUUGUCUGCCUGUAGACAUUUCAGUACCCAACUAGGUGACAUCAUCAGUGCACAUUGAAUGUGAGGUUUGCUCAGUUUAUAUUCUGUAGCUUGCCCUGCCAGCAGUGGGGAGAUGUGGUUUUCUCCUCAAAUAGUUCUUAAACUGAGUGAAGUUUUUUGCUUGUUUCAGCUUUCUCUUUUAUUGGAAUGAGACCAAUAAAAUCUCAUGAGACUUCCAAGAGUCUUCAUUCUCUUUAUCAGUACCACAAGUCAUAAUAAAAGUUUAGAUUUCUAUAUCCAUGUAGUUUGUGUUGUUGAUGAUCUCAUUGCUUCCUAAAUUGUGAAUAAACAUAAGCAGUUCCAUAACAUCCCAUUUUGUUCGGAAUGUAAAAAAAGGCCUUCAGCAUUAAACAUAAUCUUGCUUUUAAUCUGAGCUAAUAAAGAAAUUAGAGAUGAUAUUCCAUUUCCAUCAUACUAUCUAAAAUAGCAGGCUGAAAUAUAUCAUAUUCUUAACCUAUUGGAUCAUGCUAAUUCUUAUACUAUAGUGUCAUGCCUGGAAGCCAUAUUACCUUUGUGCCUUCAGGGUCCAGGCCUGCCACAAUCCUCCCGUGGGAAGUUGGGAGGGGGAUUGCAAAAGUGAAGUAGAUUUAGCCAUAACAAACUUCUCAUAGAAGUUCAAUACCAUGGUGUCUGGCAACUGUGCAAAGAAAAACUUGCAAGGAUGUCUUCUGUUCAAGAAAGAGCUGAUUGAGCUGUGGUGGACAUGUGGGAGAUGUGGUCAAGGUCUUGAACUUUCUUUUGGGUGAGGAAAACCCGGCAGCUUUCAGAUAUUGGUUUUCCCAGU